AUGGACCAGGGGAGCUCGGGGGCAGGGGCUACCAGCACUGGGGCUAAUGGUUCCUACAGAGAGAAUCACUCUCACUCCCUCCUUCUCCCUCACCCUCUCCCCAACAUAUACCGCCUCACUGGGCUCUCGCUCCCUCCCUCCCUCACUCUCACCCUCUCCCUCACCGUCACAUACCGCCUCAUUGGGCUCUCUCACCCUCUCCCCCACAUACCGCCUCAUUGGGCUCGCUCUCACUCACCCACACCCUCUCCCCCACAUACCGCCUCAUUGGGCUCUCUUUCCCUCACCCACACCCUCUCCCUCACAUACCGCCUCAUUGGGCUCUCUUUCCCUCACCCACACCCUCUCCCUCACAUACCGCCUCAUUGGGCUCUCUUUCCCUCACCCACACCCUCUCCCUCACAUACCGCCUCAUUGGGCUCUCUUUCCCUCACCCACACCCUCUCCCUCACAUACCGCCUCAUUGGGCUCUCUCUCCCUCUCCCUCACAUACCGCCUCAUUGGGCUCUAUCUCCCUCACCCUAUCCCUCACCCUCGCCGUCUCAUGGGGCUCUCUCUCCCUCUCCCUCACAUACCGCCUCAUUGGGCUCUCUCUCCUUCUCCCUCACCGUCACAUACCGCCUCAUUGGGCUCUCUCACCCUCUCCCCCACAUACCGCCUCAUUGGGCUCUCUCUCACUCACCCACACCCUCUCCCUCACAUACCGCCUCAUUGGGCUCUAUCUCCCUCACCCUCGCCGUCUCAUUAGGCUCUCUCUCCCUCACCCUCACCGUCUCAUUAGGCUCUCUCUCCCUCUCCCUCACCGUCACAUACCGCCUCAUUGGGCUCUCUCUCCUUCUCCCUCACCGUCACAUACCGCCUCAUUGGGCCACCGUCCCAUUGGGCUCUCUCUCCCUCUCCCUCACGUCACAUACCGCCUCAUUGGGCUCUCUCUCCCUCUCCCUCACCGUCACAUACCGCCUCAUUGGGCUCUCUCUCCUGCAGCGUGUCGCGGCCUGA